CUGCUCGGCAACCGUACCCGCCUCUCCACCUAUGGUCAGCAUUCGUUGCGUUUUCCAUGCUGCUCUGUAUGGAGGGAUUUGAACUGUCAUAAAUAUGUUUCUUGUUAAUUACUUGAGGCACAGUAGUCAGGGCGCUGAGACCGACACGGACACAAGGCGGGGUUCGUACCCCGGUCUUGAACCCGAGAAAGCUCUGCCUUUUCUCGUGGCUGAUCGCCGUGUGCUCCUCGGCCCCGAAAUUAUAUGCACAGCGUUAUUGGACAUUCCUGCAAAUGGCAAUCGCGACCUGGAUCAGGGCAACCUAUAAACUAGCUUCUUGGCCCACACCCAUCCUCACUUUGCGUUCCCCUACGAAUCCGGACGUGGAUGAAGUAUUUUAUCUACGCCUGCACGGGACUGGCCGUUCUCGGUUUGGCACUCGCGACAAAGACGCACUAUGUCGAUGUCGGAGCUGAUGGCCAACUUAGAUAUGAUCCUCCUUAUAUUCAUGCGCACAACGGAGAUAUAGUAGAGUUCAUAUUCAAAGCCAAAAACCAUACAGCGACCCAAUCUUCAUUCGACUUCCCAUGUUCGAGACUUACAAACCUGUAUGGGCGGCACCCAGGGUUCGACUCAGGCUUCCAGCCCAUAGACGCCAGCCAUCCUGUCGAUAAGACCGUUUCCUUUCACGUCCAGACGCAGGAUCCAUUAUGGUUCUACUGCCGACAGACGGGUCACUGCGGAAAAGGCAUGGUGUUCGCGAUCAAUCCUCCCAGCAGUGGAGAUGAAACCUUCGAUAAUUUUAAGAAGAAGGCGCUUGCUACGGCUGGUGAUGCAGGGGGUGGUUCCAAACUUGGAGUGACUGGGAAUGUCAUCGAUGUUACCGUGGGCAAGGACGGUCAACUUAGCUAUACCCCGCCUCAUGUCCAAGCGAAAACCGGUGAUGAGAUUCGUUUUACUUUCGUCUCGAAGAAUCAUACGGCAACUCAGUCUUCUUUCGAUCAACCUUGUUCGCCUCAAAUCUCUCCCGACGGUCAUACCAUCACCGGAUUUGACACCGGAUUCCAGCCCGUCGCUAGUGGUUCCGCUCCUCGCCAAGCCUCCUUCAUCAUGCCCCAAACUGACAAACCUUUGUGGUUCUACUGCCGCCAGACUGGGCAUUGUGCGAAAGGCAUGGUCUUCGCCAUUAACCCUCCUCCCUGGGGGGACCAUUCGUUCGAUGCUUUCAGGCAGAAGGCUAUUGCGACGGGAGGUGCAAAAACAACUGCAAAGAUCAUCGAUGUCACGGUGGGCAAAGAUGGUCAGCUCGCUUACACACCACCUUCCGUCCACGCAUCCCCCGGGGACCAGGUCCGAUUCACCUUUGUUUCUAAAAAUCACACCGCGUCGCAGUCUUCGUUCGAUAGCCCUUGUUCUCCUCUCCAAGGAGGCUUCGACUCAGGUUUCCAAUUCGUUGGAACGAGUAAUCAUCCCCUCCAAUCGACUUUCACUGUACCUGAAGGCAACAAUCCACUCUGGUUCUACUGUCGACAGAAGGUUCCCGUAUCGCAUUGUGGGAAGGGGAUGGUUUUCGCGAUCAAUCCUCCGAGUAGCGGAAAUACUUUUGAUGCAUUCAAGGCGAAGGCUAUCGCGACUGAAGGCGGCGGAGGUGGAGGGAAGAUGAUCGAUGUGACAGUAGGCAAAGACGGACAACUCACUUAUACACCCCCCUACGUGAAUGCCAAACCUGGCGACCAAGUUCGAUUCACUUUCGUGUCCAAGAACCACACCGCGACGCAGUCGUCAUUCGAAAAUCCAUGUUCUCCUUGGCAAGGAGGUUUCGACUCCGGUUUCAAAUUUGUCGGAACCAGUAAUAACUUCCUCCAAUCGACUUUUACUGUACCUCAAGGUAAUAAUCCGCUUUGGUUCUAUUGCCGACAGAAGGUACCGUCAUCGCACUGCGCUGCUGGAAUGGUAUUUGCAGUGAAUCCACCGUCUUAUGGACAUACCUUCCAGGCUUUCCAGCAGAAAGCCAAGGAGUCGGGAGCUGACGGGGGCGGUACAAAGACGGGUCUGCUGGGCGGAGCGCUGGGGGAGAAUAACUCGACGAAAUCUGGAGGUGAUUGGGCGGAGCUCGAAUCGCUUAAGAAUACGCGAACCAUCCUUUCCAUCCUCCUCGGUGUGACGGGGUUACUGCUCGUUCUUGCGCUGGGCGCACUUGCCUUUUUCAUGCGACGCUCCGGUCCGAGAAAGGGGGAGUAUGUUCCAACCUCACUUGAUGAUAAGGACGUGCAUUACGGCAGCAUGUACGCGGCCCCGGACCUUACAGGAGGGAAGGUGCCCGGUGCACCUCCGGCCAGUGAACACGUUGGACCUCUCGGUUACAGCGAUGAAGUGAAAGAUCACGAUCAUGAUGAAAGGAGUCGCAUGGUCAGCCAUUCGUCGCCCUACCGUGAUCCAUACGAUGCGCCAUCGGGGGCUAUUUAAAAGCCAGGUUAAGAACUUUCCCUGCUUGUUCUUGGUUAUCACAUUUCGUCUGAUUCCACACAUAACUAUAUUUCAACAUUGUAUGUUAAUUGCUUAGUUCCAAGUAUAUACGUGAC